CUUGAAUCAAGGAUUGGAUUUGACUAAUCUUCCUUUCAAUUGUUAUUUGACAACAACAGCAGUGACGCCAUCAUGGGUAUUAAGCAACUAUACCAGGUGAUCGCGGAGAAUGCCCCCGAUGCAAUAAAGGCAGGGGAUAUAAAGAACCACUUCGGCCGAAAGGUUGCUAUAGAUGCGUCCAUGAGUAUCUACAGUUUCCUAAUUGCCGUACGCUCAGAGGGCCAACAACUCAUGAGCGACACCGGGGAGACCACGUCCCAUCUGAUGGGCAUGUUCUACCGCACUUUGCGCAUGGUCGACAACGGAAUCAAACCCCUUUAUGUCUUUGAUGGAGCCCCGCCAAAGCUCAAGUCUGGCGAGCUAGCCAAGCGUACCGCCCGAAAAGCCGAAGCUACAGAGGCACAUGAGGAGGCUAAGGAAACUGGCACAGCGGAGGACGUUGAGAAGUUUUCGCGGCGUACAGUACGGGUUACGAGGGAUCACAAUGCAGAGUGUAAGAAGCUGUUGAAGUUGAUGGGUAUUCCAUACAUUGAUGCCCCAACUGAGGCAGAAGCGCAGUGUGCUGUCCUCGCACGGGCAGGAAAGGUCUACGCUGCCGCUUCCGAGGACAUGGACACAUUGUGCUUCGAAGCACCCAUUCUGCUUAGGCAUCUUACAUUCAGCGAACAGCGGAAAGAACCCAUCCAGGAAAUCCAUCUUAGCCGCGCGCUGGAGGGACUCGAUAUGGACCGAAACCAGUUUAUUGAUCUUUGUAUCUUACUCGGCUGCGACUAUUUGGAGCCGAUCCCCAAGGUUGGGCCAAAUACUGCCUUGAAACUGAUUCGGGAAUUUGGAAGCCUCGAGAAGGUGGUUGAACAUAUGGAGAGCGAUCCCAAAAAGAAAUAUGUUGUCCCAGAAGACUGGCCGUACCAGGAUGCAAGGGAACUCUUUCUUAAUCCAGACGUAAGGGACGCUAGCCAUCCCGACUGUGAUUUCAAAUGGGAGGCACCGGACGUCGAGGGUUUGGUGGAGUUCUUGGUGAAGGAUAAGGGUUUCAACGAAGACCGGGUGCGCAACGGCGCAGCUCGGCUACAGAAGAACUUGAAGACUGCCCAGCAGUCACGUCUGGAAGGGUUUUUCAAGCCUGUGGCCCGGACCGAUGAGGAGAAGGCAAAUCUCAAGCGUAAGCAUGACGAGAAACUUCAGGAGCAAAGGAAGCGUAAGAAGGAAGAGGCCAAAGCUAAGAAAGAAGCCAAGGCAAGACCCCGCGGUGCCGGAUAAGGUACUGGCAUGAUUUGGUCCGAUCAGUGUUUGGCAUGAAGGGGGUAGCCCUUUGAACAGGCAAGGCAUCGUGUGGCGGGUGCAAAACAAUAAAAUGGCGUCGGCGUUGUAGGUAAUCUCAUUGGGUUGUCGGUAGUAUCGCUGUCGGCUAUGAAAUACGGCGUUUCAUCAAUAUAGUAGGUGGAUUUAUCAUUUAUACAUCAUAAUGUUAUCUUCUCCUGGUGGCAGAUUGUAGAGGCCUUUGUCCAUCGAAUGCUAAACUCCGAGUAGUUUAUUGUAGCCCGUAAGAUCAAACCUCCAUGCGCCGAGAGACGCGCACUGUGAGAUCAAGCUUAUGUUUCGUGAUCCCCAAAUGAAGGAGCAUGGGAGCGGAGUAUAUAAAACUUAAUCGGAUCCGCACACCUGUUCUUCAUCUCUAGGAAUUACAAGGACUCGUGGUUCGCUUCUUGUGGUGGUUGGUGGUGUGGCGUUACGCGUUGUCACCAGUUGUUGUAACAUGGAUAACAUUGGGCCUCAACACAACGGAGGUUGAUUUCGC